UUAUUGCGUAGCCAUUUUGCAAUAAUGUAACAUUAUGCAAAACCGAUGAGUUUAGGAACCCUAGAAAUUUGGUUCUUUUACAUCGGAACCAUUAGUGGGGAAGUGCAAAAUGGCCAAAUCUACAGAGAAGAAAGGAAAGAGUGCUAUCAACGAGGUUGUGACUCGUGAAUACACUGUAAAUCUUCACAAACGUCUUCAUAGUGUUGGAUUUAAAAAACGUGCUCCACGAGCCAUCAAGGAAAUCCGUAAGUUUGCUGAAAAACAAAUGGGAACACCAGAUGUGAGGAUUGAUACUCGUCUUAACAAACAACUUUGGUCUAAGGGAAUAAGGAAUGUACCAUUCAGGGUGCGUGUCCGGUUAAGCAGAAGAAGAAACGACGAUGAAGAUUCUGCAAAUAAAUUAUACACACUUGUUACAUAUAUACCAGUAGCUACUUUUAAAGGUUUACAGACAGAAAAUGUUGAUGCCAGUCAAGAUUAAAUUACUUAUAAUUAAUAAAUAAUUUUCAUCAA